ACAUAUACAUAAUUCAUACAUUUAGCUUAGUGCCCGGCCUGCCCGGAUUAUAAAUAUAUAUAUGAAUUACAUUAUAUUCCCAGGCCAGCUACCUAUCUUUUCAAUCUAGAAGUGGUAAUUAAUGUAAUAAGGGAGUGGUGCAAGAAGCUAUAAGGAAGCUAGAAUUGAUCGAAGAUCCAACAAAUAAAGCUAGCUACUAGAUCUAAUUUCAUCCCAUUCGCUCGAUCUAGCUAAGCUACCUGAUUAAUUAAGCCAGGGAGACUUCAAUAACAAAUGGAAGAUGAACCGCAAAAAGAGGUACGACACUUUCAGCUGCUGCCCGCCGCCGCCACUAAAACUGCUGCCGCCUCGACGUACCACGCGCAGCCCUGGCACUCUGAAUCAGUAGCACUGAUGAAAUCUCGACCGUCCAUGGACGCGUUCGAGGGCCCGUCUUUAGACCUGCAGCUGUCAAUAAGCGUGAGGCCGUUGAUGAAACCACCGCCGGAGAGGGUAUACAACAAGGACGCGGUGACGUUCGACGUCGGGUACUUGGAGGCGUUGAGGUGGCAGGCGGCUGAGCAAAUUCGGCUGGCGGCCAUGGAGAAAGCAUACGCGGAGCGCGUGAGGGAGUUGACGAGGCGGGAGAUAGAGAUGGCUCAGUCGGAAUUCGCGCGUGCGAGGAGCAUUUGGGAAAGGGCGCGUGAGGAGGUGAUGAAGGUCGAGCAGCUCCAAGAGAGAGCGACGUUGAAGAUCGAUUCUACUUGCAUGGAAAUUACUUGUCAUUCUUGCUCCCAAAAAUUCUAUACCAAAAAAAAUUAAAUUUAGACGAUCAAUAAAUUGAUAUUGAAAGUCAUAAAUCUCAAUUUUUGUUUUGUACGUUUCCCACAUACUAUAGUUCGUUUUACUUCGUUACUUUGUUUGUGGAGAUCGAAUAAUGUUGUCAAUGCUUAAUUUGUUUGGUAUUUAUGGAAUACUAGUCGGCUUUUGUACGUUUUAGUAUCUAAAUCAGUUUUACACUGAACAUUUGCAAUUGAUUUUUUGUAUAAAUAGUGUUUUCCUUAGUUGAGUUUUAUUUUAAAAAAUCACAGCAUAAGAUGUUAUC